AUGUGGUUGCUUUUAGCAAUGGCAAGUUUGAUAUGUGCAGUUGGAACUACACAUGGUUUCCUUGGAAAAUUAAACCCUGAAAGCCCUGAAGUGACUAUGAAUAUUAGUCAGAUGAUUUCCUACUGGGGAUAUCCAAGUGAAGUAUAUGAAGUUGUGACUGAAGAUGGUUAUAUCCUUGAUAUCAACAGAAUUCCUUAUGGGAAGAAAAAUUCAGAGAACAGAGGCCAGAGACCUGUUGUGUUUUUGCAGCAUGGUUUGCUCACAUCGGCCACAAACUGGAUUUCCAACCUGCCCAACAACAGCCUGGGCUUCAUUCUGGCAGAUGCUGGUUAUGAUGUGUGGCUGGGGAACAGCAGAGGAAAUACCUGGGCCAGGAGAAAUUUGUACUAUUCACCAGACUCAGAUGAAUUCUGGGCCUUCAGCUUUGAUGAAAUGGCUAAAUAUGACCUUCCAUCCACGAUUGACUUCAUUGUGAAGAAAACUGGACAGGAGAAGCUACACUAUGUUGGCCAUUCCCAGGGUACCACCAUUGGUUUUAUCGCCUUUUCUACCAAUCCCAACCUGGCUAAAAGAAUCGAAACAUUUUAUGCAUUAGCUCCUGUCGCCACUGUGAAGUAUACAAAAAGCCUUUUAAACAAACUUAGAUUUAUUCCUUCAUUCCUUUUCAAGAUUAUAUUUGGUGACAAAAUAUUCUACCCACACAACUAUUUUGAUCAAUUUCUUGCUACUCAAGUGUGCUCCCGUGAGACACUGGAUCUCCUUUGCAGCAAUGCCUUAUUCAUCAUUUGUGGAUUUGACAAUAGGAAUUUGAACAUGAGUCGCUUGGAUGUGUACCUGUCACAUAAUCCAGCAGGAACUUCUGUUCAAAACAUGCUCCACUGGACCCAGGCUGUUAAGUCUGGGAAAUUCCAAGCUUUUGAUUGGGGAAGCCCGAUUCAGAACACGAUGCACUAUAACCAGCCCACACCUCCCUACUAUAAUUUGACAGCUGUGGACGUGCCAGUUGCAGUGUGGAGCGGUGGCAAUGACUGGUUGGCUGACCCCCAAGAUGUUGAUAAUUUGCUUCCAAAACUCCCCCAUCUCAUUUACCACAAGAAGAUUCCUCCUUACAAUCACUUGGAUUUUAUCUGGGCAAUAAAUGCCCCUCAAGAAGUUUAUAAUGAAAUUGUUUCUAUGAUGGCAGAAGACAAAAAGUAG